UUGACUUUUUUUGUUGUUUUCUUAGAUGCACCUGCCUCUUUCCUUUCAGAAACAAGGUUUUUGGUUGAAUGAAAGUAAUUUAAUAUUCAAAUCUGCCAGUGGUAUGAGCAAUUUUGGUUUUAACUGUGUGAUGUUUUAUGUACGUAACUAAAUUUUAGAUGUGGUUGCAUUACAAAGGGAUUCUUCCAAAGAAGUGAAGUGUAAGAAUUUAAUCUGAAUAUUUGUUUCAUUGUGGUGUAGUUGGUAUUCCCUCAGUAUUCCUCCAGAGCCGUUCUAUUUAUAAAAGUAUCUCUUCCAAUAUUCUUAUUCUGGACACGUCCUGCUGUCCAUUGAAUCAGUAGCUCACUUCCAUCCUCUUUUCUGUCUGUGUUUUUUAGCACAUAGCUAAAGGAAAUGAAGCCGAAGUGGAACGUCUGCUGAGUGAAGGUGAAGCUGAUGAAGAUGUCAGGAUGUGUCAUCCCCUUUGUUCCUGUGACCUCUGUGACGGCCAUCUGUCAGGCCGCUUGAAUGAUCUCUCCAUCAUCACACCGUUCUCCAGAGAUGACAGAGGAUACACUCCACUGCACGCCGCUGCAAUCUGCGGUCAGGCCCAGUUGAUCGACUUGCUGGUGCAUAAAGGAGCUCCAGUUAACCCCACAGACUACCACGCCCUCACACCGCUGCACCUGGCCUGCCAGCGAGGAUACCAGGGCGUCUCACUGCUGCUUCUGCACUACAAGGCCAACACCGAGGCCCAAGACAACAAUGGAAACACACCGCUGCACCUGGCCUGCAUGUAUGGACAUGAGGACUGUGUGAAGGCCUUGGUGUACUACGAUGUCCAAACAUGCCGCCUGGACCUGCAGAACGAUAAAGGUGACACUGCGCUGCAUAUAGCAGCUCGAUGGGGAUAUGAAGGAAUCAUCCAGGUGCUGCUGGAGAAUGGAGCGAGCACACACAUCCUCAACAAAAAUAGAGAGACCCCACUGCAGUGUGCACUCAACUCUAAGAUCCUCAUGCUGUUGAAGCUGACACAGAACAACCACAGCAGAAAUGAUUCUGCAGGUUGCUCCCCUCUGGCGUCAGACUGCAGCAGUCGCCGCUCCUCUGUCUCCAGCACAUCUUCUAUGAGCUCUGAAGCCAAGCCUGAGGCUGAGCGUGUUCGACACCGAGAGGUGGAGAAGUUACUGCGAGCCGUUGCUGAUGGCGAUGUGGAGAUGAUGCGCUACUUGUUGGAGUGGACAGAUGAAGAGGAGGAUGAAGGAGAGCUGCAGUCUGAGUCACACCUCUGUCACCCACUCUGUCAGUGUCCAAACUGUGCCCCCGCUCAGAAGCUCCCUCUGCAGCUGGCUGGAGCGCUGAGCGUCAACAGCUGCAAUGCAGACGGCUUCACGCCUCUCCAUGUGGCCGCCCUGCAUGGCCACUCAUCCCUGGUGGCGCUGCUGAUCCGCCAUGGGGCGAACGUCAACGUCCGCACCAUCCAGAGCGCCACCCCGCUUCACCUGGCCAGCCAAAACAGCCAUGUUCAGGUUGUGAGGUUUCUGCUGGAGUGCAAUGCCAAGCUGAACAAGAAGGAUCACUAUGGAAACACCUCUCUGAUCCAUGCGUGUCUCUGUGGGAACCUGGAAACGGUCAGCAUUCUGCUGCAGAGUAAUGCUUUGGUGAACGUAGCAAACGUGCAGGGCAACACGGCUCUGCAUGAGGCGGUACGGGGGGGGCACCAGGCUGUGGUGGAGCUGCUGCUGAGGUCUGGGGCCUCACCCAGCCUCAGAAACAAGAGGCAGAGGACGCCGCUAGACUGCGCUUAUGAGUUUGGUGGCAAGAACACUGAAACUUUAAGAGCUCUGCAGAAAGCGUCAGGACUUUCACCAGAGGCUGAACCAAUCAAACUCCUCUCUGUCCCCAAAGGGGCUCUGGCUCAUACAUUGGUGCAGCGCUUGAAGCUGCAGGAUAAUUCCAAUGGCCGGAGACACAAACUGGCUCAGUCUGCCAGCAGAAUGCAGCACAUGAGACAAGGUUCAUCUGGUUCUCCCCCCAGGAGUCCACCAUUUCUUAACCAGCAGGUGAACCCAGAGCGGAGGAGGCUGAGGCGAGGGGAGAUCAGCCACUUAGGAAGCCUUGACUUCUCACCUCGUCUAAAGGAGCGGCCCCUGGUUCGUUGUCAUACCCUGGAUGGUGGGGCACUACCCCCAGAGCCAGCUCACCCCCCAGCCCACUCUGAAACUGACUGACCAUUUAGUGCUGUGACAGCAGCUGGUGGGGCAGUGCGACGGCACAAUCAUUACCCCCUCCUCUAAAUGGCUGUGUGUCACACACAGCCAAGCUCACUGCGCACACAGCCUAGCUUACAUGAAAUAACCCACAGUGAGCCGAGCUCACUGUGCAGCAAAACCCCGGCCGGUCUCUGCAGGGGUGACCUCCAGGCGGGUUAUUGACAUGACUGUUCUUCAACACAAAUCUGCAUCACUGCAGGAGGAAAAGGGGAUUUCUCACACAACUCUACCAGUUUAAAGCACAAUGUGUUGGGUCACAGCAUUGUGAUCUGGUUUUAUUUGCCCCAGCUUUUAGAUUUAGGUCACUUUCUUUGAUUGUUUUGUGGAUGCACUGUUGGACCUUUUUACACAUAUGCAAUAUUUUACUAGAUUUCAGAGGUGGAUAUACACUGGUACGCUGGUUCUGCCCACAAAACUCCACCUUAUUCCUUCUGUUUCCAUUCUGAUUCAGUCUGAAUUUACUUCAUCAACUUAGGAAAGGUUCCCAAUUUGAAAAAAGGAACAUUUCAUGUCAAACGGUGUAAUCCAUCCUACAAUCCUCUCCCACUCGACUUUCUGCAGCUUGAUGUAACGUUGUGUGUGGAAGUCUGGUGGAAAAACAAUAUCUCCAGUUUGUUUCUGGGAUUUCUUUUACUAACUUACCUUUAAUAUCAUGAGACAUGAAAUAAUCCAUGAUGAAAUACUGAUAGAUCAUUCUUACAACAUGUUACUAAAUUAAAUCCAGCUGUCACAUAAGUCUCAGCUCUCCCCCUUCCUGUACUUUUCUCUGCUGAGUUUUUCAUAGAUUAUGGAGUUGAAUUUUUUAGGAAAAUGCUCAAAGUUUUGCAUAUAAUUUAUUCAAUUGUAUAUUGAUAUCUGGGUGUGCUACUCCUGCUCUUAUCCCAGUUUUAGCCACUUGACUCUUCUAAAAUAUAACAGAUAUUUCACUCUUGGUUAAUAUGAAAUAAUAAAAUUUUCUAGAACUAGUCUGAGUCAGAUGUUUGCAAGUAUAAAACAAUCCCCAAAUGGCACAAAUUGACAAAACAUCCAGCAGUAGGUGGAGCCAUGUUGCACCAGGAAGCCUGUAUGAAAGUACCAGAACUGAAAAAGUAAAGGAAUGAGAGAAGAGAUGAAACUUUCUUCAAAUAUCCUGAUUAUCAUAUCCUAGUUGGAGAACUAAAACUGUUACAUUGUGUUUGUUUGAAUCAAGCUGCUACAUCUGAACCCUGUGACCACGUCUGACCCAUAGAACCUCUAAUGGGAAAAAGGGAUACAGCCCGUUUCCUCAUGUUGGCUUCACACUGUCUGACUAGAGUUCAGUUUAAAACCGAACAUCAAAUUUUAUUUCAAAACGGUGCUUAGUGUUUUAUUUGUCCUCAAGACCAGAUGUAACUAUGACUACAAGAUGUCAACUAUUAUUGUUCAUAAGCAUUAGUCGGUUUCAUUCUGUUCCCUGCUCAGUUGUACUGAUGAGUCUUCAUUGCAAUUUGCAACUUCUCCAUUGACUUUCUGUGCUGACUCGGCUUGCUGUGAGGAUAUUAGUCAGAGUGGUCAGAGACCGAGUUUUCUGUCAGCUGAUGACAGAAAAUGAUGUUGCUGCUCCAGCUCAGCAGCAACACAUUCACAUGGGAAAAGGAAGUACAUCCUCUCUUUUCAUUUAGAAAUGUUGAAGUUUAAAUGUCCAAAACUGUAUAAAAACCAUCUACAUUAAAUCACUACUUAUUAAUCAAUUUGCAGCCAACAUAUUUAUUAAAAGUUCACUUCAGAAACUCUAGAUAUGAUCAAAAUACAUACGCCCCUGGAGUUUAAAGUGAGUUUACUUCAUUGACACUAGAACUCAGUUAUGAAGUGUUUCAUAGACUUGCCAUCCUUGCAUAACUUCUGAUGUGCGUUUCAGAGACCCGAGGCACCAAAACACGACAUAGUAAAAAUACAUAAAGGGGUUCUCAUGAUAAAUCAGAAAACAUGUUGAUAUCUGCUGCUGGAAACUCAGGCUUUAAUCUGGAGGUGGAGCUGAUGUCUGAUAGGAUGCUGCUCCAGGCAGCUCUGUAGUGGAGGGAUCUGUUUGCAUGUGAACCAUGUUUAUCCUCAGCUGUGUUCCACCAUGAUGACAGCCUCGGUACUGUAUGUGUUCCCUCCUGUUUUACUGCCUGAUGCUGAGCUCUGCAGUCAGUCUCACGCAGGACGUCCAUCAUGUUUGUUCCUGUGAGUUUUUUCUCCAGACCUUUAGGAAAUCCUACUGAGCCAGACCUUUUUUCUGGUCUAAGCUCAGACUGUGACAGCCUGCUGUUAGUGUUUUAAUUAUUCUAAUGCAUUAUUUUCAUUUCAGGACUGAAAGUUAAAACUGUUGAAUGUGCCUUAU